AUGUACGGAGGUGCCUCCCUUAUUGGUGGGGGGUCUAUUGUGGCCCUGGCCAGGCUGCUUUAUUUAUCAGAAAAUUUCAGAAGGAUAUUCUCACUUCAAAUGAGGAUACAAGCCAGUGAGUUGGCAAACAGGUUGUGGGAACAUAUUACAAAAUUACCGUACUCCGAUAUGGUAAAACUAGUCAAAAAGACUAAGAUAUUUCAUGAUUAUGCAAAAAUAGGGAAUGUUGAGUUUCUGACUCUCCUUACUCACUCAUAUCCUGAUCAUAUAUGGAAAGUCAACGAAAAGAAACACUCUAUAUUUCAUGUUGUUGUUAUUAACCGACAAGAAAAAGUAUUCAGACUCAUCUACCAAACAGGAGCUGAUAAAGAUUUAAUUACAUUCCUUACAGAUGAUAAUGAGAACAACAUUUUGCAUUUGGCCGGGGAAAUGGCACCUCCAAGCAGACUCAAUAUUGUAUCUAGAGCAGCUCUUCAAAUGCAAAGAGAAUUACUAUCGUUUAAGGAGGUGGAGAAGAUUGUAUCAAAUCCAUUACUCGAUAUGAAAAACAAUGAUAGCAAAACACCAAGGGAGUUAUUUUCCCAGAAGCACAAAGAGUUAAGGCAAGAUGGUGAGAAGUGGAUGAAGUGUAGUAAAUUCAGUAUGUUGACUAGUAUCUAUUGGGGUUCUAGCCAAGUUAGUAUCAUCCUUAUGGAAUUUUCCUAA